CAUUACACAGAUAGGGGGACUGGACACACUCUUGUUCAAAGGCGAUUCUUCCGAGGGAGCAGAUUUGAUGCUGUAUUUGAUAAAAAAGGAAAUAUAUAUAAUGCCAAGCUCUCUAAAACAGAUUGCUAUGAUGGUCUUUAUUUGUUUGUUGUGAGGUUUAAUGCUAUUUUACACUUAUAUUUAAACAGGAUUGUUCCAGUUACAGUACAUGCUGCAUUUGAUAAGGCAGCUGAAUUUUUCCACAUGAAAAUCACACAUAUACCAGUGGAUCCUGUUACGUGUAAAGUUGAUAUCAGAAAAAUGAAGAGAGCUAUUAAUGGAAGCACAUGCAUGUUGGUUGGCUCUGCUCCCCAGUUUCCACAUGGAUCCAUUGACCCAAUAGAAGAGAUAGCAGCUCUUGGGCGUAAGUACAAUAUUCCAGUACAUACAGAUUGUUGUUUGGGAGGCUUCCUGGUUCCCUUUAUGGAGAAAGCUGGUUUCUCUGUACCAAAAGUUGACUUUCGGGUACCAGGAGUUACUAGUAUAUCUGCAGAUACCCAUAAGUACGGGUUUGCUCCAAAAGGUUCGUCUGUCAUACUCUACAGUGAUAAAGAAUACAGAAAGUACCAGUUCUUUGUCCAGCCAGAUUGGCCCGGUGGUAUUUACGCCUCACCAACUCUAGCAGGCAGCAGAUCUGGAGCUGUUAUUGCAUCAUGUUGGGCAGCUAUGAUGUACUUUGGGCAGGACGGGUAUGUACAGAGCACUAGGAAGAUUGUGUCAACAGCAAGAUAUAUUGCACAAGAAUUGAGCAAAAUAAAUGGUAUAUACGUUCUUGGUGAUCCUCAAGUGUCGGUGGUAGCUAUAGCAUCACAUGACUUCAAUAUCUUCCGGUUGUCAGAUGCCCUAGCUGAUACAGGCUUCAGUCUUAACCCACUCCAGUUUCCAUCUAGUAUACAUCUGUGUUGUACAUUGUUACACACUCACCCUGGUGCUGCCGAUAACUUUAUUAAAGAAGUUAAAAAAGCUGUCACUGAAAUCAUGAAGGACCCAAAAGCAAAAUGUGGUGGAAUUGGAGCUAUAUAUGGUAUGGCUCAGUCAAUCCCAGAUCGCUCAAUGGUAUCGGAGAUUGCCGGUCUCUUCCUGGAUGCAUGUUACAGUACCAAAGAUCCUGAACCUGACAAACCUGAUAAAGCCAAUGGUAAAACAAAUGGCAAAGUUGGCAAAGCCAACGGCAAACACUGAUUGUGUAUCUAUAUAUAGCAUUCUCUUACUAAGGUGCUUCAUUAAGGACAGAGAUUAUAUAGGGGAACUAGAGGUUGAGAGAAAGAAAUAAUGAUGUAUAAUUUAGUAAUAUACAAAAAAAUGACUUUUAUUUUCUAUUAUCUAUUUUCUCUUGUAGAAAAUUUAUUUUAAUAGUGUUAGAAUUGCAUUACAAUAUUGCUUUUGAUGUUAUUUUUGUAUUUUAGGUCUUAAAGAAAACUUUUGAAACUUGCAUAACGUUUCUCUUAUAAUUGGAAAUAUUUGCAGUUUAUUCAUUAUGUGUCAAGUUAUUGUAUUUUUUUUAAUUAUUGAUUAUGUCAUAUGAUUUUUGUGGAGAGAAAAAACCUACAAGGACUUUUUUUAUUGUAAAUUAAUGAUAUUAUGAAUGUAUAUGUAAAUGUCACUUCAUAUAUUCUUUUUUUUCCGCAAAAAUCAGAAGCACCUGGGUUUAAUGUUUAUAAUGCUUUCCAAAUAGAGACCAGAUAUCAUGUGAUCUGAUGUCAUGUGAUCAGACAUCAUGUGACCUGAUAUCAUGUGAUCAGACAUCAUGUGACCUGAUAUGAUGUGAUCAGACAUCAUGUGACCUGAUAUGAUGUGAUCAGACAUCAUGUGACCUGAUAUCAUGUGAUCAGAUAUCAUGUGACCUGAUAUGAUGUGAUCAGACAUCAUGUGACCUGAUAUGAUGUGAUCAGACAUCAUGUGACCUGAUAUGAUGUGAUCAGACAUCAUGUGACCUGAUAUGAUGUGAUCAGAUAUCAUGUGACCUGAUAUCAUGUGAUCAGACAGCAUGUGACCUGAUAUCAUGUGAUCAGACAUCAUGUGACCUGAUAUCAUGUGAUCAGACACCAUGUGACCAGAUAUCAUGUGACCUGAUAUCAUGUGAUCAGACAUCAUGUGACCUGAUAUUAUGUGACCAGCCAUUUGACAUUGUAAAGCAAACUGUGAUUGUUGAAUGGACCAAUUGUUGAAUGGACUUGAAAACAAGACAGCUACAGCAUUUUAUUACAACAGUCAACUAUGAAUUAUAAUGGUUAUGAUUUAUCAGUUUUUACUUUAUAUAAUUUAUUAACAAUUAGGCCUUUUUGCUUUUGUAAUAGUUGUCAGCUUUCAAGAAUUUUUUUUUUGCAUAUUUUUAUUAAAUUUAUAGCAAUAAAAUUUAAAUACAAGUAAUAAACUUGACAUUGUGUUAACAGUUCAUUCUGUAUAUCAGUUUGAUCUAUUGGAGCAUUCUUAUAAACACUUAAAAGGAGUAACUUUUCAAAAUAUCUUAUUUAGGAUUUUACAUAACAACAAAAUAAUAAAGUUGCAUAUGGGAAGCAUUUAAUUUUAUAUAUGGUACUGUUCAUCAGACAGUCAAAAGUUUGGAAGGUAGCAUUUUGUAUAAGAACAGUGAUAGUUUGCUACAUAUAGCCUGAACUGUCUUGUUUUUAAGUUUUUAGAUUUUAGCACACUUGUACUUAGUUUAUGUGUUUAAAUAUUUGUUAUAAUUUUAUUGAAAUGAUUGUAUUUAUUCUCUGGAGACAGAAUUUGGAAAUUUCUAAAAAUAGAAGAUGAAUUACAUGACCAAUGUUGAUCAAACUUCUUAUGAUUAAUUAUUUAGUACUCAUUCACAGUUUUAUAUUAAUAUCUUCUGUACAUUUUUUCGUUUAAGUGCCCAAGUUGAUGUAUGUAAGAAAUUCAAAUUGUAUGUGUCUAUACAUUUGGAACCUCAGUGUAGU